AUUUGUUACAACAUAAUAAAAUUCAAUGUCAGCCAGUUUAUGUCAAUUCAGUUAAGUAUUGAGCGGUCUCGUGUGCACCGUAGUAUUAUUUCAACGUUUCGUUUUGUUAUAAAAUUUUAGAAUCGGUAUUCUAUUUAAUUAGUGGAAUUUAAAAUGUGUGGAAUUUGGGCUUUAUUUGGAUUAGAUACUAAUCUACCACAACAAUGCAGUUCAUCGUUUACAAAAAUCAAGCAUCGAGGUCCUGAUGCGUGGAGGAUUGAAUAUGAUGAUCGAUUAAAACAUGGGUGUUUUGGAUUUCAUCGAUUGGCAAUUGUUGAUAGUUUACAUGGAAUGCAGCCUAUGAAAAUACAUCAAUAUCCUCAUCAGUUGUUACUAUGCAAUGGUGAAUUAUACAAUUAUAAAGAAUUAAGAGCUCAAUUUGGCUUUGAGUUUGAAACAAAAUGUGACGUUGAAAUAAUAUUACAUUUAUACAAUCAUGGUGGAAUCGAAAAUGUUGUUAAAAACUUAGACGGUGUUUUUUGUUUUAUACUCGUUGAUCUGCAAAAACAAAAAGUAUUUAUUGGAAGAGAUCCAUAUGGAGUACGUCCUGGAUUCAGAUUAUAUAGCGAAGGUGCUGGUGUUUUAGGUAUAUGCUCUGAGGCAAAAGGUUUGAUAUCCAUAACGAAAGAAAUGAAUGGCAACAAAUGGGUAUUAGAACCAUUUCCUCCAUCCACUUUUGAAGAAUAUGACUUAAACGAUGAAGGAUCUGCAAAACUUAGUAGACGUGAAAAAUAUUAUAAUAUUGGUGAUCGACCAGCAUUUGUACCAUUUAUUCCAUAUGAAAGUUUAUCGUCAACAGACGUCCACCAUAACAUUCGAGCUUUAUUAACACAAUCGUGUAAAAAACGUUUAAUGGCUGAAAGACGUAUUGGGUGUUUACUUUCAGGUGGAUUGGAUUCAUCAUUAAUUGCUGCUUUAACAUUGAAGUUGGCAAAAGAAGCCAAUUUACCAUAUACAAUACAGACCUUCGCUAUUGGAAUGGGUGACAGUCCAGAUAUAAUAGCAGCACGACAAGUUGCCAAACAUAUUGGCUCGGACCAUCAUGAAAUUAUUUUCACAGAAGAUGAUGUUAAACAAAUAUUAGAUGAUGUGAUAUAUUCAUUAGAAACACCAGAUAUAACAACAAUUCGUGCUUCGGUUGGAAUGUAUAUAAUUGCAAGAUAUAUUUUAAAAAAUACCAACACCCGUGUUUUACUUAGUGGUGAAGGUGCUGAUGAAUUGGGACAAGGAUACAUUUAUUUCAGAGAUGCUCCUUCACCUGAUGCAGGCCACGAGGAAAGUUUACGUUUGUUAAAAGAUAUUUAUAUGUAUGAUGGAUUGCGGGCUGAUAGGACUACUUCUGCGCAUUCGUUGGAACUACGUGUUCCAUUUUUGGAUUUACAAUUUACAAGUUACUAUUUAAGUUUAUCCAAAGAAAUGCGACAACCACAAAAGGGAAUUGAGAAGCAUUUAUUACGUUCAGCAUUCGAUUACGACAAUUUGUUACCACAUAAUAUUUUAUGGCGACACAAGGAGGCAUUCAGUGAUGGUGUCGCUUCUGUUAAAAAAUCUCUAUUUCAAAUUAUACAAGAGAUUAUUGAUUCCAGAAUCUCAGAGUUUUGUGAAAAUACAAUUGCAAAACAAUAUACACAUUGUACACCCAAAACAAAGGAACAAUUGUAUUAUAGACAAAAAUUUGAAGAAUUUUAUCCGGAUCAAAUUACUAGUUUCUGUCCAUAUUUUUGGAUGCCUAAAUGGAUAAACGUAACUGAUCCAUCUGCAAGAUUUAUAAGUCAUUAUGCAGCAGAUAAAGAAUAA